AUAAAAUGGUAGAAGUGAGCUGGUUUACACAUUUACACUUGGAUGUUAGCACAAGAACUACUGUGAAACCUCACUGUCGCCGAGAACCGUAUCCAGCAACGAAAACAUAACUACAAAGAUGUGCGGGAUCUUUGCCUACCUGAAUUACCAAGUGCCUCGCACCAGAAAGGAGAUAUUUGAGACGCUGGUCAAAGGACUGCAGAGACUGGAGUACAGAGGGUACGAUUCAGCAGGCAUAGCAGUGGAUGGCUCCAAGAAGACAGAAACAGUCAGCAACAGCAUCUGUCUGAUCAAGAAGAAGGGCAAGGUCAAGGCUCUGGAUGAAGAACUCUACAAAAAAGACUCUAUGGAUCUGGAGGAGGAGCUGGACAUGCACUUUGGCAUCGCGCACACACGCUGGGCCACACACGGAGAGCCGAGCGCACUCAACAGCCACCCUCACCGCUCCGACAAAAACAAUGAGUUUGUUGUCAUCCAUAACGGCAUCAUCACCAACUACAAAGAGCUGAAGAAGUACUUGAACUCUAAGGGGUAUGAGUUUGAGUCGGAGACAGAUACCGAAGUGAUCCCUAAGCUGAUCAAGUACAUCUACGACAACAGAGAGAAGGACGAGGUCUCCUUUACUACACUGGUAGAGAGGGUCAUCCAACAGCUGGAAGGGGCCUUUGCACUGGUGUUCAAGAGUCGUUUUUACCCAGGAGAGGCGGUUGCCACCAGGAGAGGAAGUCCUCUUCUGAUUGGUGUUCGGAGCGAGUUUGAACAGUCAACAGAACCAAUUCCCAUCCAGUACAACAAUGUUCCUUACCAUUCAGUGCUGAAAGGGUUCACAAUGCCCCCCUCCCGUCCAGAGGGUCAAGGGUCAACCCUUCCUAGAGGUGUGAUCCAGGACAGUGUCCAGGACAUGAACGGACACAACCGCCCAGACCUCCCGAGUGCUCUGACCUCCGUCGGAGACAACAAGGCUGUGGAGUACUACUUUGCCUCUGACGCCAGUGCCAUCAUCGAGCACACCAACAAGGUCCUGUACCUGGAGGAUGAUGACAUAGCGGCAGUGAUCAAGGGAAAGCUGUCUCUGCACAGGAUGAGUCGUGUGGCGGGGGAGAACUCAGUCAGAGCCAUCCAGACCCUGCAGAUUGAGCUGCAGCAGAUCAUGAAAGGCUCCUUCGAGGCCUUCAUGCAGAAGGAGAUCUUCGAGCAGCCCGAGUCUGUCUUCAACACCAUGAGAGGGCGGAUCUGUUUCGACGCCAACACAGUGAUCCUGGGGGGGCUGAAGGACCACAUGAAGGAGAUCAAACGCUGCCGGCGCCUCAUCAUGAUUGGCUGUGGCACUAGCUUUCACGCCGCUGUGGCGACCAGGCAGAUCCUGGAGGAGCUGACUGAACUUCCUGUGAUGGUCGAGCUGGCCAGCGACUUCCUGGACAGGAACACCCCCGUCUUCAGGGACGACGUCUGCUUCUUCAUCAGCCAAUCAGGGGAGACGGCUGACAGCCUGAUGGCGCUGCGCUACUGUAAGGAGCGAGGCGCUCUGACGGUGGGCAUCACCAACACGGUGGGCAGCACCAUCUGCAGGGAGACCGACUGUGGGGUCCACAUCAACGCUGGGCCGGAGAUAGGCGUGGCCAGUACCAAGGCGUACACCAGCCAGUUUGUGUCUCUCAUCAUGUUUGGUCUGAUGACCAGUGAGGACAGACUGUCCCUGCAGAAGAGAAGGCUGGAGAUCAUGAAGGGGCUCAGGAUGCUGCCAGAUCUGAUUAAGGAGGUGCUGUGUCUGGAUGACCAGAUCAAGUCCAUAGCAGACGAGCUGUACCAGCAGAGGUCUCUGCUGGUCAUGGGCAGGGGCUUCAACUACGCUACCUGCCUGGAAGGGGCACUGAAGAUCAAGGAGAUCACGUACAUGCACUCAGAGGGCAUCCUGGCAGGGGAGCUGAAGCACGGCCCUCUGGCCCUCAUCGACAAACACAUGCCCGUCAUCAUGAUCAUCAUGAGGGACGCCUGCUACACCAAGUGUCAGAACGCCCUACAGCAAGUCACAGCCCGAGCGGGUCGUCCCAUCAUCUUGUGUUGCAAGGGCGACCAAGAGAUCAUUCAGAAUGCCUAUAAGACCAUCCAGCUGCCCCAGACGGUGGACUGUCUCCAGGGCAUCCUCAGUGUCAUCCCCCUGCAGCUUAUGUCCUUCCACCUGGCUGUGCUCCGGGGCUACGACGUGGACUGCCCAAGGAACCUGGCCAAGUCUGUCACUGUGGAAUAGAUGUGAAGUGGACCACGGACCUUUACAAAGAAUAGUGCAAUUAUGUGUAUGUGUGUGUUUGUGUAUGUGUGUGUGUGUGUGUGUGUGUUUGCAUGUAUGUUUGAAAGUCGGGGAAUGUGAAAUCAUACUAAUACAAUGUUGAAGUGGUGCCAUUGACAAUAAACCCUUGUAGACAGAGGGGGAGAGAAUGGGGUGAGAGAAAAAAAGAUACAUUCUAAAGGUUUCUGUUCAGUGAUGCAGGCCUACAUGCUGAACCAGAGAAACCAGAAAUGUGUUUGUUCCUCAGCUCUGGUUGGCCCUGCGAAGCCCCACAGCUGUGGCUGCUGUUAGAUCAUGUGCACACUGGAGAAACCACACAGGAACCAAUGAGGAGGGGUUCUGGGUCUGUGGGAGGGGCCUAUGCCUAGGCCCCUCCCUGUUGUAGUGUUUACAGUUGUGCAGUAACUAGGACCGAAAAUGCAGUGUGAAUGUACCAAUAUCCUUCCUGUUAUUGAGAUUUUGUCCAAUGGUAAGCAUCUUACCUGGCUGUUGCAUUGUGGGACAUGUAUGCAAAGAUUAUUCCAGAGGGUUCCCUGACCUUAGGAAAUUAAGAUUAGAUGUUGGUGUGAAUGCUUUACUUUGCACAGAUACAUCAAAGUGCCUUGUACUCACAAAAAUGUGAGGUUUUUUUUUCUACUCUAGGGUUUAACAAGCUGAAUAUAUGAUAAUAUUUCUUCUUCCAAUAACUUUCUUAUCAUGUCACACUCCUGUUCUGUGCUGCCCCCUACUGGGGGGAGGCGGUUCUUGCAUUCCAUCAGAAGUCACUCAUCAUCUGUAGUUUAUAUUUAUCAGAGAACCACUGUUAUGUCCCUUGGAUGAUGUAAAGCUAAAUAGCUCUGUCUGUGAACCUGGGGGCAUCUUUGUCACACUUUUGUGCCUUACGAUGGCAAUGGUUGGCUCUUACUCUUAAUUGCUGUACAGUCAAAAACUUAGUAGAGGCAGUGACAGAACUUUGGUUUGAGGGUUGGGUAAGACGUUUCUGUAAUUUUAUGAGAAGGUAAACGGUGUGAUUCCCUAAAGGUUUAUAGUAUUUUUACUGUAUGUUUUAUAUGAGAUUAUAUUAAUCAUUUACAAAUAAAUUAUAAUGUUGUUGAAAA